CAUCAACAACCAACAAUCAUAAAGUACCUUAAAGUACUUCACUCAAUCUUCAACAUUCUCUCUACAUCGCGCCUAUCCACUCUUACCUUUGGGUAUCAACUGUCUCUUUCAAAGACUACUUUCACCAUGACUUGCUGCGGACGACAAACCACUGGCGAGUGCGUAUGUGCCAAGGAGGCAACCUGCUCUUGCGGCAAGCAGCCAGCUCUCCAGUGCAAUUGCACUAAAUCUGCUACUGAGAACAAGCUCCCAGCCAGCACUUGUGUGUGCGGAAAGCGCGCUGAGGGUUCGUGCACUUGCGGUCGCACCAGCAGCAAUGCCGAGUCUUCUCUCGAGACCGACUUCACCACCAAGAAAUAGAUUAAUUUCUAUCUGCAUCUCUGCAAUGGAGUAGUCUUCGGGAACGUGUUAGCAUCGGCGGCGUGGGACUGGCGUUAUGGGUAUUCUGCAUGAUCAUCUUGAAAUUCAGGAGCUUGAAUUGCCCACUGAAGAUGUCAAGGGAUUCGAAUGCAAUGAUAAUCAAUUCAUCCAAAUAGGAAAAUGAAAUCGAAUGCAACAACCGCUUGAAUCUAGAGUGAAAUGUAUCAAUGCUUGCAUUUGAAUCUUAGGCAGAAUUGUGAUCUUUCUGUGGCGACACAUGGUAUGAGGCUCUGUGAAGGACCUCAUCUCUGGUUUUCUUUUCAAGUUUGAUCCAUAAUAUGAUGCAUGCC